UGGCAAUGUUUACAAAUUUAGAUCUUUGAGUCGUUAGAUGUCAUUGAUUGAAAUGAUAUUAUAAAAACUAAAGUUUAAACAGGUAGUCUAUUAAUAUUAUAGAUUCUAGACGCAGCAGCAGAGUUGUUGUGUGGAGCUUUUGCAAAAGAGCAUUGGAUUUUGAGUCUCUCACGACUCAGGUCCUUAGUUUCAAAAGCAGUUACCAAUGGCUUCUUUGAAAAAACUUUCAUUUCUACAGUUAUAUAAGCUUUCAUCUAAUUUGAUUGCUGGACAAGGAUUGCACACUCCUUUAAAAUAUUUAGCUGCUGUUGGUUUGGCUGCACAGAGUAUUCAUGUUGCAAAAUCUGAUUUGCACACUUCUUCCAGCUGUUUUUUUUCUGAUGAAGUUACGAAGGCAAAAAGUUCCAAGCCCAGUGAUACACCAACUAUCUUUUCUAAAAUAAUAAAUAAGACCAUACCUGCUAAAAUUUUAUAUGAAGAUGACAAGUGUUUAGCAUUUUCUGAUGUUAAUCCACAAGCACCAACUCAUUUUCUUGUGAUUCCCAAAAAAGUCAUUCCAACACUGAGCCAAGCCACAGACAAUGAUCAACUAUUACUAGGACAUUUACUGCUUGUUGCCAAGAAUAUUGCUGAACAACAGAAACUUGAGAAAGGCUUCAGAUUGGUUAUCAACAAUGGACCUGAUGGUGCACAGUCUGUCUAUCACCUCCAUAUACAUGUGUUAGGUGGACGUCAGAUGGGAUGGCCGCCUGGAUAAGACACUUCAUCCAAAGUUUACACUGUCUAUGUCCUAAUUAAUAUUUCUAAAAUGUGAGAACUGUAUGGGUCUACUUGUGAUAAAAUAUGUUUUUGUACUCAUUACAUGUGAACAUUUGAGAAAUCCUAUGCAGAGAAAUGCUCAGUAACCAAUGACAUUAGGUUCUGGUUCAAUGUUACUGCAACACUUAAAAUGAAAAUAAUUAAUAUUUCAUAUUGUCUUUGAAGAUGGAGAAAUUUAUUUUGUGUCUAGACUUAAUAGCAAUUAUAGAUUUAUGUUUUAUGAUUUUCAUGUUUUUUGUUUUAUCCAUCAACUUGAUUGCAUUAUACCAUAAAAGCUACCAAAAGCUAUUUUAUAUGGUCUAAUUUUUUCUUUCUUUCCAUAUCCUGUACACAUGGUGAAAUAAAGAUUGAAAGAUUGUUAUUAAAUUAUGUUCUUGAAACUUUUUGAUUCUGUACUUUAAUGUUCUCAUUCACACAUUAAUAUGCAUGACUAAAUGCAUGACGCGUAGGACGUAAUCACCUUCUUUUUUGAAGUAAAGUCUGUAUCAUAUAAGAUAAGAAGAUAAGUUAACACAAGUAACAUUAAUUUAUCUUCAUGUCUGUAGUCCGUAGUUUAAUUCUAAAAAGUAUAACCCAAAAAUACAAUUAAUGAAAUAAUUCUUUUGCAAAUGAUAUAAUUUAUUCAUUUCAUGGGUCAAAGUUCUAAAAAGCAAAAAAUUCACGUUUCGAAUGUUUUCCUUGCAUAACUUUCAUAGCAGUGAAGGAAAAAAAAAAAAAACAACAAAGGUACAAAACAAUUUUACAUUUAAGAAGCAUUCAUUGCAUGCCAAGAACUUAAAGAACUUCAUGCAAUACCUUGAUGCUUUGACAUAUAAAUGAUUCCCUUUCCUAAUCACAUUUAAGUAAUAAUAAAACUGGACUAAUGUGUGCAUAGAGAUGAUCAAAACAAUUACAAUAUGCCUUUAAGACUGAAAGUAAGACUUUAAUACCAUUUCAGGGAAAUAAACAUUUCACAAUAUACUGUAUGUUGUGUUCAUAAAGUUAGCCCACUAAUGUCAAUAUUUUAUAUAAUAGUUAUAACUGCUCCUUACAAUUCAUAAUUCAAUUAUAUGCCAGCAUGGCGUGUCUCUUGAUAGACCUACAUCUCAAGCUUAAUUACUACAGAUAAGGAGAAAACAGUUUAUAUGUUGACCAAAGCAUUUCAAACUGUGGAGUCAAGUAACAUACACGCAAAAGUUUCAUAUUAAAAGAUUAGCUCUUAAUGUACAGACAGUAUAAAGGCUUGACAGUAUUCACAACAAAUAGUCAAUAUUUCAUAAACACAUAUAUUUAACAAUGUAGUAACACAUAUGAAUCAAGUUGGGCAAACAAAAAUAUUAACAUCUAUGUAUUGAUUUGUAUCAAUGAUAAAAUGAAAGAAAAAAAUAAA